AUGUCUCAAUACUUUACCGCAAUGAUAGCAGAGCUCAACCCUUGGAUCUCUAUUGGCCGUGGCUGCUGUGGUGCCGCCGCUAUUUUCGUAGCAUUAGUGCCCACUUCAGCUCUCAAGCUGUUUGGUGUUGGUCAUUCUAUCCGGAAUAAAAAUCGAGUCAAUUUGGUUUCAUUGUUAGCUGUUUUUUGCUUUUUGGAGGUUCUCGGGUUCGCAAUCCUUCUUAAACAAAAUUUGGCUCGCGGCCUUUUCCCGAACAUUAUAACCUUCAUACCGGAAACGAUCUUUAUCUUCGCCACCUUGAUAUAUGCCGAGGAGGAGGCAAACAACACCAACAAACAGCCAAUAUUGCUUGUUCGAGCCACGUUUGUUUGCCUCCUUUGCGCAGUCGAGCUGCUCAAUGUUGUUCACUCGGGUUUCCCGCGUCAAGCCGUAUUUUCCCUCUCUUCGCAGCUCAGCUCCGCUAUCAAUAUUUCCAAGAUGACAACGUGUGGUAUGGUCCUAUUCCGAAUUAUGCCAGAAGUCUUGGAAGGCUACAAAACAGUUUCUGAGCCGGAUCCGCCUUCGCCCCGGGAUAUUGGCAGCGGCCCAGGCGACACGUUCGGCUUUCAAAUCGAUAUACAACGGGAAGCUAAGAACCUUGGCGGAUGGUGGCCAGUCCUAAAGCGAUUCAGGAUUUUCCUCGAAUACAUGCUACCUGCUGACCAACCGUUGCAAAUGAUACGUUUGGUAGCUUCGUUUUUGCUCCUGCUGGUCCACCAAGUUACACAAAUGCAUGAGCGUCUCGCCUUCACCUCAUUCUUGGACAAGGCAACGACGGGCUCAAAUCUCCAGAAACCGCUCAGAAACUUUUUGUUACUUUGGGCUAUCAACAUUACCUUGCCCUAUAUUUACGGAAGUUUGAAAGCGGAUUUGAAUUUGCAGAGAAGCAAAGCUUUCAAUCUGCGUACUUACGCCAAAAUAAUCUCUAUGGGGCCCACUUUCCACACUUUGACCAGCCCAACGGACUUGAGCAAAGCAAUGGACGAUGCAAAACCAUUUGUGGAUUUAUUCGAGUCAAUUGUUCUGGUUUAUAUUGUCCAGAUAGUUGGAAUUAUCAUUGCCGCCAAAAGCUUAGUCAGCCGGCAUGGGUUUUUUCUAUUACUUACUAUAUUUUACCAGGCAAUUCUUAUCGUUGUCGUCAAUAAAAAUGGGAUCCAAAAACGGUCACAGGCAAACACUACUGCUCGUCGGGCUCAACUUUUCCAAGAGCGUUUCCGCCAGGAUAGUCUGCGAGGCUGGGCCACUAUAUUCAACUACAACUUGGUCGAAAACCAAAUUACCCGGUACAAAUCCAUUUUGGAAGAGGUUGCCGACCUGGAGCGUAAUUUGGAGGGGACAAGACUUAAUUUUAGUUUUUUCCAAAACCUGGUUACUUUUUGCGGUAUUGCCGCUGGUUAUUCUAUUAUUGUUUAUCAGUUUGCUCAAGGGACUGCCACUUCUGGAGAUUUGAUAUUCUUCAUCCCGGUAUGGCAGAAGCUUUGGUAUCAAUUCGGCGAAUUAAUGCGCAAUGUGCCCGAGUUAGUCGACGCGUUUUCCGACGCAGCGCCGCUGCGACGCAUUUUGGAGAAAGGCCCCGCCGCUUCCGCCCGUCGGACGAACGGCCGAAAGCUUGAGUGCACCGAAGGGAGUUUAGAAUUGAUCGACGUCUCUUUCACAUACCCAGGCAUGGAUAAGCCGGUUAUAAACUGUUUAAGCAUGACAAUUAAACCGGCCACCAAGGUCGCCCUCCUCGGGCCGAGCGGAACCGGUAAAACGACCCUCCUGAAGAUGUUUAUGCGCUAUUUGUCGCCCAGCAACGGUCUCGUUUUGAUUGACGGCCAAAACGUUGAAAAUAUCGACCAAAACUCAUUUCACAGCUUUGUCGGUAUAGUGCCGCAAAUGCCUUACAUAUUCAACACCACGGUGAUGGAAAAUAUCAGGGUAGGGAAGGCGGAUGCCAGCGAUGAAGAAGUUUAUGAAGCUUGCAGGAAUGCCAUGAUUCACGAUACUAUCAUGGCUCGCCCCCAUGGAUACCAAACUCAAAUAGGGGAACAGGGAUGCUUUUUGUCCGGCGGUGAAAAGCAGCGCAUCGAGUUCGCCCGUUUGUUUUUGAGGCGGCCUAAGGUUAUUUUAUUAGACGAGCCAACGGCCAACCUCGACCAAAAGACCGAGGACCAAGUGCUGUGCAAUUUGCUUAAUCGAUUCAACAGUGCUACUAUUAUUAUGGCUACCCACCAUGUUGAGCUUGUUAAACGUUUUGACACAGUUAUGGUAGUUGGAGAAGGUAACAAAUUCCAAAAGCAGGCCAGCUUUUGA